GGCAGCGGGUUCACUGCUGCUAGUGCGCAUGCUCUGCUCUUCUGGGGCGCGCGAGCGCAACGGCUGCUGGUCUGUCAGCGCAGCCGGUCAUGGCGGCGGCGCUGGAGCACGAGAACCAGGUUUUCCUGGAUCUCUUCCACCAAGACGGGCUGGUGAUCUGCGCCCGCGGCCUGGGCAUCGACCGCAUCCUGCUGCGCUUCCUCCGCCUCUACUGCGAGCCGGCCAGCUUGGUGCUAGUGCUCAACACCAGCCCGGCCGAGGAGGAGUAUUUUAUUGAUCAGCUGAGGUCAGAUGGAGUUGUUCAUCUUCCUCGGCGUGUUACCAAUGAAAUUACAAGCAACUGUAGAUAUGAAGUUUACACACAAGGUGGUGUCCUCUUCGCAACAAGUCGAAUUCUUGUGGUGGAUUUCCUGACAGAUAGAAUUCCUUCAGAUCUUAUAACUGGCAUUUUGGUAUACAAAGCACACAGAAUCAUUGAGUCUUGUCAGGAAGCAUUUAUCUUGCGACUCUUUCGCCAGAAGAACAAGAAAGGGUUCAUCAAAGCUUUUACAGACAAUGCCAUUGCCUUUAAUACUGGCUUUUGUCAUGUGGAAAGAGUGAUGAGAAAUCUCUUUGUACGGAAACUUUAUCUUUGGCCAAGGUUUCAUAUAGCAGUGAAUUCAUUUUUAGAGAAACACAAACCUGAAGUGGUGGAAAUACAUGUAUCCAUGACCCCUGCCAUGCUCACCAUCCAGACCUCUAUACUGGACAUCCUGAAUGUAUGUCUGAGAGAACUCAAACGCUAUAACCCAGCUCUUGAAGUAGAAGACUUAUCAUUAGAAAAUGCUAUUGGAAAACCUUUUGACAAGACAAUUCGUCACUAUUUAGAUCCUCUUUGGCACCAACUUGGAGCUAAGACGAAAUCUUUGGUUCAGGAUUUGAAGAUAUUACGUACUUUGCUACAGUAUCUAACUCAGUAUGAUUGUGUCACUUUUCUUAACCUUGUGGAGUCAUUGAGAGCAACUGAAAAAGCAUUUGGUCAGAAUUCAGGAUGGCUAUUUCUUGAUUCGAGUAAUUCAAUGUUUGUAAAUGCUCGAGCAAGAGUUUAUCGCAUUUCAGAUGACAAAAUAAGUAAGAAAAGCAAAGUAUCUGAAAAAAUGGAUAUAAAAGAGGGAAAAGAACUGAAAAGGGAACUGGUCUUAGAAAGCAACCCAAAGUGGGAGGCCUUAAGAGAAGUAUUGAAAGAGAUUGAAUCUGAGAACAACAACAGUGAGGAUCUUGGCGGGCCAGGGCAAGUGCUUAUUUGUGCCAGUGAUGACCGAACUUGUGCACAACUGAGAGAGUAUAUUAUUGCUGGAGCAGAGGCACUUUUAAUGAGGCUCUAUAACAAAACUUUUGGGAAGGAUGAAAGAGCUGGAGAAGCAUGGAUUAAGGAUAGAAAAGCUGUCAAGUCCAAAGGAAAUGCCAAAUCGGACAAAGGACCUCAAGCUAAAAAAGCCAAAGUAGAGGCCUGCUCAAAACAAAACAAAAUCAUGAAGAAACAAGACUUGACUUUAACCCAAAUGAUGGGAAAAACAGAGGAGGAAGACAUAGGAGAGGAGAUGGAGGGCUAUAAGGAAUUAAGCAGCAGUGAAGAAAUCAAUAUAGAGGAAACCAAACCUGAAGAUUUCCAUCUAAAUUUAGCAUCAGAUGCUUAUUAUGGUAUCUUCAAAAACCCUCUAACUAUUAUUCAUCCAUUGCAGGGUUGUAGUGACCCCUAUGCUCUCACUCGGCUAUUGCAUGAAGUGGAACCAAGAUAUGUAGUGCUGUAUGAUGCAGAACUAACUUUUGUUCGGCAGCUGGAAAUCUACAAGGCAAGCAGGCCUGGGAAGCCCUUGAGGGUUUAUUUCCUUAUAUAUGGAGGUUCGACAGAAGAACAGCGCUAUCUCACUGUGCUGAGAAAAGAAAAAGAAGCUUUUGAAAAACUCAUUCGCGAGAAGGCCAGCAUGGUUAUCCCUGAGGAAAGAGAAGGCAGAGAUGAAACAAACUUGGAUCUCAUAAGAGAUUCUACUUCUGCAACUGUUUCUACUGACACACGCAAAGCAGGUGGACAGGAACAGAAGAGCGUUCAACAGACUAUAGUAGUGGAUAUGCGAGAAUUUCGCAGUGAGCUUCCAUCUCUGAUUCAUCGUCGUGGUAUUGACAUUGAACCUGUUACUUUGGAAGUUGGAGACUACAUUCUCACCCCUGAUAUCUGCAUAGAGCGGAAGAGUAUCAGUGAUUUGAUCGGUUCUUUAAAUAAUGGGAGGCUCUAUUCCCAAUGUAUUUCUAUGUCUCGUUAUUAUAAGCGACCAAUUCUUCUGAUUGAAUUUGACCCUAGCAAAUCUUUCUCUCUCACUUCACGAGGCUCUCUACAUCAAGAGAUUUCCAGUAACGAUAUUACUUCUAAACUCACCCUCCUUACUCUUCAUUUCCCAAGGUUACGUAUUCUGUGGUGUCCGUCUCCCCAUGCCACUGCUGAGUUGUUUGAGGAGUUGAAACAGAACAGGCCACAGCCUGAUGCAGCAAUAGCAAUGGCCAUUACAGCAGAUUCUGAAAUCGUUCCUGAGUCAGACAAGUAUAACCCUGGCCCACAGGACUUCUUAUUAAAAAUACCAGGUGUAAAUGCCAAAAAUUGCCGUGUCUUAAUGAACCAUGUUAAGAGCAUUUCAGAGCUGGUAACUCUGUCACAGGACAAACUCUUAGAAAUUCUGGGCAACGCUGUCAAUGCUAAGCAGCUUUAUGACUUCAUUCACAUAUCCUAUGCAGAGGCCAUUUCUAAAGCGAAAACCAAAAGAUGAUUAAUUAGGCCAUACUGAUGUGCCUUAAAUAGUACUUUGGCUAAGUUUAUUAGAUAUUAAUUUUCUCUUGGUAUAGACAGUUGUGUCCUGUUAAUGUCAUUCCACCAUUUUUCAACAUUCCGGAGGUCUUUAUUGUUGAAAACAAGUUUUGUGUACAAAAGACAAGUUGUCUUUAAACAGCAUUAAUUAGUGCAUCAUUUUAUUCUUCCUAAUGUCUUUGCCAUCUCUGGAGUAGUUCAGCUUUAAAUGAAGGGUGUCUUAGGACUUACCAAAAUCAGGUGCUAAAUGAUGAAGAAGAGUCUCUUAAAAUAAGAGAAACUGGCUAUAGACAUGUACACUGACUUAUAUAAGUGAAGAUGUAUUAAAUUUCAGAUUGGUGGAAUAUGGGUGCCAUUUUGCAUAAUAUGUUGCUUUUGCCCUUAAUAUCCAUAAACCACCCUUUCUGUCAACAUAUGAAUUCCCUAAAUUACAGCUCUUCCAUUGACAGUGGGGCAGCUGUUAAAAUGCUCAUAAUUCUGUGCCUCUGUUGAAAGAAAAUAACUGGAUGACUCAUUAACUUGACAAUCCUCCUUCCUAUCAGAAGUUUCUGUUUUGGUCAGAAAUAUGAAUACAUAAAAGUGGCACCCUCUUGGGUUCGUUGGUCUUUCUGUUGUAUGAAAGGAAAUUUUUUCUAGCAUAUAAAAUUAUUGUUCAAAAGUGAAGUUUUCUUGAAAAGUGAACAGUUUUUAAAACCUGACAUCUAUUAAAUGUCUUAAUACUUUGCACUUGAGUGCCUUGAAUGGAAGAUAUAUACAUAGAUUCAAUGCUGCUACUUCUUUUCACCUGAGAGCUGACUUUUAGCAUUUUUAGGUAGCACAGAAUGGGAGUAGAAAUCUAAUUGCUCUCCAGUAAUUUCUGGGUCACUUGUUAUAAAAGAGGUACGUUCAGUGCAGAAGUUUGAAAUGACAGUUGCAUCUCAGAGCCUGCUUUUGCCCAUGGGGAUAAAUGCAGCUUCCAGUCACUAAGCACUAAUGCAGGGAUCAGCAACCUUUCAGAAGUGAUGUGCUGAGUCUUCAUUUAUUCACUCUAAUUUAAGGUUUCAUGUGCCAAUAAUACAUU